UUGCACACUGCACUGUGUGCGUGUGGAGAGGAAAGGGCCGCGGGGGCAGCUCUUCCGUCGGUUGCCUCCCCGGUCGUCUCCUUCCUGCCUCUCCUCUCUCGCUAUAUAUCAGGGCUCACGCUUUGCUCAAGGGUCAGCUCCUUCCUCCUCGCCUUGUCUGCCUGCCUCUCUUCAGCUAGCUUAGCUAGCUCCCGGCCGGCCGGUUGCCUCCUGCAGCUGCUCCUGCUACCAAGUUUCUGAAAAGAACACUUCAGAGAAGUGGAGAAGCUAGAGGAAACAUGAGGGACAUGGGAGAGAAGAGGAGAUAUGGAGGGCAUGUCCAUGCUGUUGGGUUUGGAGCUGGAGGAGGGCAUGCAGAGCAAGAGGAGAAGCUCAAGGAGCAGGAGCUGGACAUGAGCGGCAUGUCCAUGGACACCCUCCCACAUCUCACCAUGCCUCUUGGCCACAUCACCACCUUGGAUCUCUCCAACAACAAUCUCCAAAGCAUUCCGGAGUCCAUAAUCGCGAGGCUUCUGAACGUGGUGGUGCUGGACGUGCGCUCCAACCAGCUGAAGUCGCUGCCCAACUCCAUCGGCUGCCUCUCCAAGCUCAAGGUCCUCAACGUCUCCGGCAACCUGCUCCACGACCUGCCUGCCACCAUCGAGGAAUGCCGUGCGCUGGAGGAGCUGAACGCCAACUUCAACCAGCUGACGAAGCUGCCGGACACGCUGGGCUUCGAGCUCCACGGCCUCCGGCGCCUCUCCGUCAACUCCAACAAGCUCGCGUACCUGCCGUCGUCCACCUCCCACAUGAUGGCACUGCGCGCGCUCGACGCGCGCCUCAACUGCCUCCGCGCGCUCCCCGACGGCCUCGAGAACCUCGGAAACCUCGAGUCGCUCAACGUCAGCCAGAACUUCCAGUACCUGCGGGAGCUGCCCUACGGCAUCGGCCUCCUCGUCUCGCUGCGGGAGCUCGACAUCAGCUACAACUCCAUCGCCGCGCUGCCGGACUCCAUGGGCUGCCUCAACAAGCUCGUCCGUUUCAGCGCCGCGGGCAACCCACUCGUGUGCCCGCCCAUGGACGUCGUCGAGCAGAGCCUCGACGCCAUGCGCGCCUACCUCAACGCGCGGAUGAACAGCACCGAGAGGAAGAAGAAGAAGAAAUUCUGGAUGCCCAAGCUGGUCAAGUACAGCACGUUCUCGGCGGGGAUGACGACGCCCGGCCGCACGAGGAUGCACGAGAACACCGAGGGCCUCCUGAUGUCGGAUUACCGGUCGCUUGACGGCAUCGCCUCGCCGGGGUUCCUCAGCAUGCUGUCGCCUCGGCGGCUUUUCUCGCCGCGGAGGAACUCGCCCAAGCAUUAGUAGGAGUGGUGCAGCUAUGUGUGCUCCCUCCCUAUAGCCUGUUUGCUUGCUGCUUCGUGUGUUCAGAUAAUAUGCUAGUAUUGUAGCAUAAUAAAAAAGCUGCUGCUGUUGCUACUGCAGGUAUAUAUGUUUUGAAGAGGUACAUGUAAAGUGUGUAUAGUGUUAGUACGAUAGGGCAUUGAUGUACAUAAGAAUUAAGGGUGUCCAUUUUCCUUUUUCUGUUUUUUUUCAGCUACGCAAGGGUAGUGUUUUUCGAGCAA